AUGGAUCAAUUGCUGAAAGAUAUUAAAUUAAAUAAUUCAUGGAACAUAAUACUGGUAGUAGAUGUAGCCAAUUCUGGCUUGAUCGAUGAAUUUCUUUUCGAAGCUGCAAUGAGGUUGUUGCCUUUGAAACAACAGAGCAAAAUUCUUGCUAGAAAAUCGGCAAUGGGUAAACAUACCAUGUUAUGUAACAGAUUGUUGCAGUUAUUUGGUUGUUCAAUUUCUACUGGUAAAAAUAUAAGUCAAUUGGUAUUUCAGGCUGGAAAACAUGGGAAGCCAAUGCUUCAAAAUGCCAACAACGUUGCCUUUAAUAUGAGUAAUGGUGACAAUCACACUGUAAUGUACCUCACUAAGGGUUCAUCAACUGGGGGCGAUGUUGGGGUGGAUAUAGCAUCUGUUGAUGAUUUAGGAGAAGAUCUGGAGUUAUUCAAGAAUAUUUUUCAUCGUGAUGAAUAUACAUAUCUACUAGAACUUCCACCUGUAGAAAGAAGAUGCCUUUUUGCGUAUUAUUGGUCUUUAAAGGAAUCAUAUACUAAGUAUGUUGGCACAGGUCUUCAUAAUAAUCUGAAUGACAUCAAUUUCAAAGAACAGAAAGAUUUCCGUGAUGAGGGCAGGCAGGAUGUGAUCAUUAACAAUGAACAUCUUACCUUUUACUCCAGAUGGUUACCUGCCGAAAGAAAAGAGGAGAAGGAUAUUAUAACUGUGUGCCACAGCGCAAAUCUUAAUAUGAAUAAACCUAAAAUGUAUUCAAUUACAUUCAACUCUGUUUUUGACUAUCUCCAAUCCCAGAUAUGA